GAGUCGGACACGACUGAAAUGACUUAGCAGCAGCAGCUAUACUUUUCCUCUCUCUCACUCUCUCAUUCUCUCUCUCUUUAUCCCUUGUCUAUAUUACAUAUUUUGAACAUAUUUUGAAAGUUUUAGAAUUAAAUUUUCAUGUAAUCUUAAAGAACACUCAGAUCAUCUCUAGUGGAACACUGGUAUUAAAUCUUCCUCACUCUGCCAGAACAUGUUCGAGUUUAUUCAACCAGAUGCUUAAUUUUUAUCAUCUCAAUAUUGCCGAUUUUGUUGGUGUACCUUACUCAAUUAUCCAGUUGUCAUUAUAUUUGUUAGUUUUGAUUCUAAACUUUAUUUCAUAUGAGAGAAAUGAGAAUAAUCAUACCAAAACUCCUUGUAUUUCUGUGGUAAUCAAAUGAGAAAUAGAAGUAUUUAGACCAGAGUAAGAAUUCAUGAAAUAGUGACAACUUGUUAAGACAUGUUCUUGUAAUGUGGAUUUCAUUCUAUGUCCUCUUAAGCAGAGGUCCCAGUCUCUGGGAUCUAAUGCCUGAUGCUCUGUGGUGGGGCUGAUGUAAUAAUAAUAGAAAUAAAGUGCACGAGAAAUGCAAUGAGCUUGAAUCAUCCUAAACCAUCCCCCGCCCCACCCUGCCCCACCUUCCAUCCAUGGGAAAACUGUUUUUCAUGAAACCGGUCCUUGGUGCCAACAGAGUUGGGGACCAGUGCUGUUAAGAGUAAAUUCUCUCCAGAUUCACUACCACCUGGAAGGACAGAGGCUGUUUUGAUUCAUGAACACAGGAUAUUUUGGAACUGAUUUUAUUUCCUUCUUUGCAUUAAUUACUUGAAAGCAUAAAGCCAAAUCUGGAAUCUUUCUAUAGCAAAUACAUGGGAUAUCAUAACAGGGAAUUGAAAAUAAUCUCUUCCCUAGCUCCAUAAUAAAAGAAACUGAAAAAUUGGAUGUCAUCAAAAUUUCAGAUGUCUGCUGAUAAUUCUCACCUUACUAGUCUCUUUGGGAGGGGCAGUUCCUUUUCAGAGAGAAGUAAAGUAAGAAUUUUUCCAGGUUUACCUAUUCAUUUUUAAAAUCACCUAUUGAUUAGCAGACAUUUAAAAUUUUGAUUAUGCCCAAGUUAUCAUUUUUUGUUACAUGGAUAGUGUUUUCUGUGUCCUAAAAAAAAUUUUUUUUUUUUUUGCUUAUCCCAAGGUCAUGGAGAAUUUGUCUUAUGUACUGUUAUGAAAUGUGUAUGAUUCCAGCUUUUAUGUUUAACUCUAUGGUCUAUUGUAAAUUAAUAUUUGUAUAUAGAAAUAUUCCCCCAAUUACUUCAGCAACAUUUGUAAAAUACUUUUCAUUCCCUACUGAACUGACAUGGUAUCUUGGUUAAAUAGCUAUAGACUAUACAUGUGAAAGUGAAAGCUGCUCAGUCGUGUCUGACUCUUUAUGACCCCAUGGACUAUACAAGUCCAUGGAAUUCUCCAGGCCAGAAUACUGGAGUGGGUAGCCUUUCCCUUCUCCAGGGGAUCUUCCCAACCCAGGGAUCAAACCCAGGUCUCCCCCAUUGCAGGCAGAUACUUUACCAGCUGAACCACAAGGGAAGCCCAGACUAUAUAUGUAUGGAUCUGUUCUUUAAUUUUCCACGUGUAUGCUCAUGCUAAUAUCACGCUACCAAGAGUACUAUUGCCUUGUUGUAAACCUUCAAGCUGGUUUGAUUCCUCUCUGUUCUGUAAGAUUGUUCUGACUAUUCUAGAUGGUUUGCAUUUUCAUAAAUUUUAGAAUGUGUUUCAGUUUUUUUUGAAAACUCCUCCUAUGACUGAAUAUACAGACUCUAUAAAUUCUGUAGUUUGUGGAGAGUAGAUAUUUUAACAAUGAGUGUCCCAUUCAUAGACAUGGUCUAGCCCCCCAUUCACUGAGGUAUUUCCUGUCUCCUAGCAGUAUUUUGUAGGUUUCAUAGUAGAUAUCUUGUAUAUCUUUGAAAAAAAAUAUCCUUUGGUAUUUGAUUUUUUUAUGUUUUUGUAAGUGGUAUCUUUCUAGCAAAGUUCAUUUUCCAAAUUUCCAUUUUUAGUAUAUAGAAUUGCAAUCUGUUGCACUGAUGGUCUGGUAGCAAGCGAUGAGAAUGAAGACAGAACGUGAAAUCUGGUGCAAUGGGUCAGCAGAUCUGCAGCCUCUAUUGGACUGAGGUGCAGAGUCCACUCUGAGUCCAGCUUUUAUUCCUAAUUGCAGACUACAAGAUUUUCUCAGAUCUUAAUCUUUCUCAAGACACAUGCUGUAUUAAUAACGUACUCCUAAAUGUCAUGGACUACACUGACAAAGUCCAGAUCUCCUUGUGUUUACCCCAAGCCUUUCCCUUCUGGGCUAGUCUUGGGAACAAUUAGCAAGUACGUAGGCAGUGUUAGUGCCUGACACUGACUAGCAUUCCAAGAUCCAUGCUUUUAUGAUCCCAGUCAUACUCCCUUCUGGGUCUGGCCUUGGGGUUGUAACAAGGAGAUUAUUCUUAAGGAAAACAUAAAAGAUAAUCAUUACCAUAGUUUCUUAAUAUAUGCUAUUUUUCCAGGUGCUAUUUCUGUGAAAUUUCUCAAAGCUGUGAAAGUACAUUAUUAGGGAUUCCCACUACACAGUCAAUUUCUAUAUAUUCACCUUGUGUUUUGUGAUCUUGACAAAUUCAUUAAUUUUUUUCCAACAGGCUUUUCUUGUAGAUUUCAAAGGGCGAUCAACAUAAAAUUAUGCCCUCUGCCGAAACCAGUAGUUUUAUUUCUUCCUUCCCAAUCUUUAUGCCUUUUAUUUUUAUUCCUUUACUAAUUACAAAAUGAUUGUCCUAGAUGAGAGCUGACAUCUUUAUCUUGUUCCCCAUCUUAGGAAAACGCCAAGCGUUUCACCAUUAAUUAUGUAGUUACAUGUAGCUUUCUUAUAGGUGUUCUUCAUCAGCGUAAGAAUGGUCCCUUCUGUUCCCAAUUUCUCUACUGUUAUUAAUCAAGAAACAGUAUUGAAUAUUGCCAGUUGCUUUUUAAUUGCAGUUAUUGAGAAAUCCUAUGGUUUUUCUCUUUUAUUAGAUUAAUGACUUUGAUUAGAUAAAAAGAAUGAAAAUCACUGUCUUUAAGCCCUUUACCUGUCUGCCAUGGGUUUCAUUUCUCAUUUUUGUUUGAAAGAUACAAUCACAGGCCAGUCUAAAAAUACAUCCUGAGUUCCAUCUGCUGAUUUUUUAAAAAAUGCACAAUGUGGGAGUUGAGAGUUAAAGUUGUAUUGGGGGCAAAAUAAGGACUGCACCCCAGAGAUAGCGUUUCAGAUAGUUCUGAGAAACUGCUGUGAGGAAGUGAUGGGAGGAGCUAGACUAUUUAGGAGUUUUGCAACCAAGGGCAGGUAGUUGGGAAAUCAAACGAUUACUGUUAAUUAAAGAAACCAGAUGCUUCAGGUUAAGGAAUUUAGCUCUUUUCUAUGUGUGGGAAGAUGCAAGAGUCUGGGCUCACUGAAAUCAUUCCUUUGAUGUGCAUCUCAUCUGUCUGGGGGUCAUAUCCUGUGUUUGCACGUCCUGAAGUGCCUCAAGCUUCACCUUAGGGAGCGGCUACAUUCUGCUGACAGCUAGAUGGCAGGUAUUCUUUCCUUCCAGAGUGACCUUAGGGCUCACAUUGGAGGUCUGAAAUCGUGGAUGUUUGUGACAUCCUUAUUUAUUGAUAUGGCAGGAAAUGUUCCAUUUCUUUCACCACACCAUAAAAACUUACAAACACACCUUCUCCUUUAGCCUCCUUUUCUUCUAACCCUUUUAAAAUUUCACUGUAACACCUCUGUGCUUCUCUUUUACUUCCCAAGAGGGAACGCCCAUCCAUCAGGCUUAGCAGAAAGCCUUAGGACCCAGCCAGGACCCCAGGGCUUGAAACACCAAGUCCUCCGCACCUUUGGUUAGCCUCGGGGAAGCCGGGCCCCCCGGGUUAGGACUGCUCUGCCUCCAUGGGGUCGCCUGCCGGCCCAGCCCCUUCCCUUAAAACGCAAAUGCUCUCAAUCCAAAGACUGACUCCGGGGCUCUGGUGCAAGCUGCCCGCUGCGCCCAGGGUGCGUAGCAGCUGCCCCGGCGCGCCCCCUCCUGGCCCCGGGGGCCGCUAGCCAGCUUCGGGGACCUAGGCGCGCCGCCCCUCGCCGCAGCCUCCUCAGCCCCCUCGGCUCCCGGCUCCAGCGAGCCGCUCCCCGGAACCCAAGGGCGGGGCGCCCCGCGACAGGAGCCUGUACCCCGAGCGCGGCGAGGAGCGCGCACUCCGCUCCCAGUGCGCCGCGGACCGGGACACCCAGGACCCAGAACGCGCCGAACCUGGGACACCUGGGACUCAGCGCCCCCAUCCGAGGAGCAUCCCCAAACUGGGACAACCCCGGACCCGGAGCGCCCCCACGGAGGAGAAGCCAGACUCGAAGAAUCCUGACCUGAGCAAACCCGGACGGGGAGCGUCCCAGACCCGGGACUCGUUCCCCGGCACAGGAGCAGCGAGCACCCCACUCGCAGCUGAGUUCUGCCAGACUCUUUCUCUGUCUUCAUACUUUCCGUUCCUUUUUUUUCUUUUUCUUUUCUUUUUCAGCCUUCUCUGUUUAAUUGUACUUGCGGUUCCUUUCUUCUUUCACGGUGGGAGAAAGGCAGCAGGUAUUGUUUCUCGCCUGCCUCCGCCAACCGAACCGUGUGGAGGAAGCCCCCGCCCUAGCCUCGGGACCCCUUCUGAAGAGAAGCCAUUUGAAGCAGAAUCCUAAACAUGCAUUGUAGAGAAAUACCCCUGACAGUUUGGGUACUUAUGUUUAUAAGCACCUCAGAAGAAACUUGUACCUCACGUCUUCACAUUACCGCAGUCGAAGGGGAACCUUUCUAUCUGAAAUAUUGCUCGUCUUCACCCGAGCAUGGGAAAAAAACAACCACCAUAAAGUGGUACAAAAAUGAAUCGCAUGGACUUGUUGACCUGAGCUUGCACAGUUCACCCAGAAUUCUUUUGCGUGAUUAUGUUUUGGAGUUCUGGCCAGUGGAGUUGAAUGACAGUGGAUCUUACUCCUUCCAAAUGGGAAAUGAUACUCAUGACUGGAAAUUAAAUGUCAUCCCAAGAAGCACACACAGCUGUUUUACUGAGAAACUGGUAAUGAGUAAAGCUGUGGAAGUUAAGAAAUCUUUGCAGAUACCCUGUGAACACAAUUACUAUCAACAACUGGCCAAUAGAACGGUAUUAUAUAAGAACUGUGAAAAGAUGGAGAACAAUCAAAACCCAUUUUUAAAGAAUGCAGAGUUUAAAGAUCAGGGAUAUUAUACCUGUGUGUUUUUCCUACAUCAUAAUGGAAAGCUAUUCAACGUCACAAAAACCUUCAAUAUUACAAUAGUUGGAGACCACAGUAAUAUAAUUCCAGCUCUUCUUGGACCAAAGAUCGAUGAAGUUAAAGUGGAACUAGGAAAAGAUAUUCAGCUCAACUGCUCUGCUCUGCUGAAUGAAAAGGAUUUGAUUUACUGGAACACCCGGAGAAAAAAUGGAAAGGAUCCUAAUGUACAUGAAGGGGAAGUGACGAGAGUUAGGACUUCAGAAGGCAAAUGGCUUGCUUCCACAAUACUGAGGAUUGAGAACGUAAAUAUAAGAAAUCUAAACUUUUCAUACAAUUGCACUGCGGUCAAUGAGGGAGGCAUCGACACCAAAAGCUUCCUCUUGCUGCUAAAAGAAGACAUGGUUGACAUCCCAGGCCACGUCUUCACUAGAGGAAUGAUCGUAGCUGUUGUGAUCUCAGUGAUGGUUGUCUGCCUUGUGACCAUGGGUGUCAUUUAUAGAGUUGACUUGGUUCUAUUUUAUAGACAUUUCAUGGGAAGAGACGAAACCUUAACAGAUGGAAAAACAUAUGAUGCUUUUGUGUCCUACCUGAAAGAGUGUCAGCCCGAGCAUGGAGAGGAGCACACGUUUGCUGUGGAGACUUUGCCCAGGGUGUUGGAGAAACAUUUUGGGUAUAAGUUAUGCAUAUUUGAAAGAGAUGUGGUUCCUGGAGGAGCUGUUGUUGAUGAAAUUCAUUCAUUGAUAGAGAAAAGCCGAAGACUGAUCAUUGUUCUCAGUAAAAGUUAUAUGUCUAGUGAAGUCAGGUAUGAACUUGAAAGUGGACUCCAUGAAGCACUGGUGGAAAGAAAAAUUAAAAUCAUCUUAAUUGAAUUUACACCUGUCGGAGACUUCAGAUUUUUGCCUCAAUCACUGAAGCUUUUGAAAUCCCACAGAGUUCUGAAGUGGAAGGCAGAUAAGUCUCUGUCUUAUAACUCAAGGUUCUGGAAGAAUCUUCUUUAUCUGAUGCCUGCAAAGGCAGUCAAACCUUGCAGAGAUGAGUCAGAAGUCUUGCCUGUUCUUUUGAAGUCCUAAUCUU